AUAGGACUGUUAAAAUGUUACCAAAUCAAGUGCCUAUUUUCAUCUUUUUGAUGAUUCUCUCAAUCUGUGAUGGAAAACAGCUACUUGAAGAAGAAUUUGAAACUGAUGACGUAACAAGCGGCCUUUGUGAUGAAUUUUUCCAUGGAACACCAUGGCCUCUACCAUAUGAUGCUAAAGGUAGAGGGUUGGCAAGGUUAUGUCAAAACCAAAUUGAAGACGGUAAAGAAGGAAGGAUUGUGUUUGCCACAAUGUUCAGUACAACAGAGAGAAUUCCUGUGUAUACUGCUAAUACUGUUGUCUUGCAUAGAGAUGGUAAAGAAAAUCCGAGGCCCGGAAGUAAAUAUUGGUAUCGGGUUGCUCUUGCUUUGUGUUCUUUUGAUGAUUAUACUUUUGAUCCAAUUGAAUCCAUGAUAGGACACGCUGAAAAAGAUGAAAUGGAGCAGUGCAGAAAAUUUCAAGCUGUCACUGAAGAUUACACUCACAAUGGUUUAAAUCUUGACAGAGGCCAUUUAAGCCCAAAUUCAAUUAAUGAACAAGAUUUGGAAAAGCAAUUGGGCACAUUUACACUUACCAACGCUGCUCCUCAAUUUGCUGAUUUUAACCGUGAGGUUUGGAGGGUAUAUGAGUGUGUAGCACAGCAUACUAUACUUGACUACGUACCUGGUGAGAAGGUGUAUAUUAUAACUGGCACCCAUGGCGUGGCACUGGAUAAGAAUAACAACCCUUGGUGGAUGAAUGGAGAUGAUAUUGAUAUGGAUAAAAAUCCAGUAAAAAUUCCUGGGGUAUUACUGGAAAGCAUUUUGCUAUCCAGGAAAUAAAACACACUCUGCUUGGGGAUAUGCUAUUGUACAAAAAAAUGAAAACGUGUACAGAAAACCUGAUUACAAUGAAUACAUCACCCUAAAGGAAUUCAAUACAAGAGAUAUUAUAAUUGCACCCUUUGGCCCGAGUUGUAUGGAUGCAUCGUUUGGAGUUUUUUCAAAAGUCUUUGAGUAUUGGGACGAAUACACUUGAUACAAAAUGUCCGUCAUACACAAAAAAGAAAAGAGAAGAACUUUGAGCAAAGUAUUUUAAGAGUUUAACAUAUUAUUUCACCCAGAGUACCAGCUGUAGAGUAGUGAUCCCACAUAUUUGUGUCUCUUUUCCCCAUAAGUUGUUUUUUGUUCGAAAUUUUGGUGGUACCUUUAGAUCUCUUUUGAGCAUUUCUAUUUAUACACAAAUUUUGAUUUUUCAUUGGUAUGCCCCUUUAACGGAAUCAAAACCUGACUGGUCACUAUAUUUUUUGUGUUGCCAUAUAUUCAGCAAAAGAUGUAAUAAUAUGAAAUUGUUUUGUCUGAGAUUUUAAUGCUUUUUAAAGUGCACUGUAAAUUAAAUGAAAUACUGUUUCCAUAUCAUUUUUUUCUAAGAUUCUAUAUCCAGUAGUGUUACUGUUUUCCCAUUACUUUAUAUUUAGGACACAAUAUUAUAUAUGUUUUUAUACACAAACUGUUAUUAAAUGCAGCAGAACUAUUUUUAUGUUGAUAAAUAAUUUUGUAUUCCAACAAAACAUAAGUUCUAAUAACGUAACUGUAAAUUUUAUAAUGUUUUAAAAAUAAUUUUCUUUAACCUAUGAAUUCACCCUUAGUUUUAUACCUAUGUGUCAUUAUGAAUAAACUUAUUAAAAACA